ACGGGGGCGCGCUGCGCGCUGCAGAUGUGUCGCAGAUUUAAAAAGUCACUGUACUCAUCUAGUACAAGGAAAUGGAGCAGUGCAAAGCAUAAAAUACUCAAUUGUAAACAAGGCAGCGGAAGAGCGGGAACCCGUGCAGCCAUUCUAACGGUACAUGGGAUUUGCAAUUCAUAGUUACUUUAACGACCAGAAGGAAAAGCACAAAGAUACACUGACAGCUACUUCAUUAUUUUUAGGGGAACAACUUAACUGAUGGAACUGUCGGCAAUCGGUGAGCAAGUGUUCGCUGUGGAAUCAAUCAUCAAGAAAAGACUUCGAAAGGGUCAUGUCGAAUAUUUAUUGAAGUGGAAGGGGUGGCCUCCGAAGUACAGCACAUGGGAGCCAGAGGAGCACAUUCUAGACCCUCGACUGGUUUUAGCGUUUGAGGAAAAGGAACAGAGAGAAAGGUCAGUGAGGUGGCGCAAAAGAGGCCCAAAACCGAAAAGACUCUUCAUGCAGAGAAACAUUUAUGCAAUGGAUCUACGCAGCGCACACAAAGAUGCAGAGAAGUCUUCGGCACAUCUGCCGCUCUCACUUGACCCGAGGUUCCAGUCCACAGGGGCAUGUUUAUAUCGACAGUUAACCCACCACAAGAAAAAGAAGAAAGCUUCCAGAGAGACUUCUGAGGAAGAAUGGGAUAGAAGAGAAGAUGAUGAUGAUGAUGAUGAUGAUGAGGGGGUAAUGGAGGAAGAAGAAGAAGAAGAGGACACAAGACAUGGAGGAACUAAAACCGGCAGCAACACUUUAAACAAGCGUGUCAGGAGAGGUCGCUGGAGUCCAACCACUGGGUCAGAGGCAAUGACUAUAUCUCCUUUACCUGAAGACUGGAGUCCAGUUAUGGGGCCAGAGGAGGUCAUUGUGACAGAUAUCACCAUCAACUCACUGACUGUGACUUUUAGAGAGGCCUUGGUAGCAAGGGGCUUCUUCAGGAGCUGGGAGAUGGAGAUCUGAUAUUACAGACACUGAGGAUGGUCACAGCGACGAGGAAAGAGAAUUGGUACAUGCUUUUUUGCAUUGUUGUUUAUGUGCUUGCACAACUUCUGCCAGUGUUUCAGACUGUGUUUAUUUGCACUAUUAGUUCUAAUUGAGUUCAAAAUGUUGUUUCAGUGAUUACAAUCAGUCAAAGUAAUAGUAGCAGGUCAUGAAAUUUAAUGGCAAUAACUGAUAGAACGAUGAGAUUUUGAACUUGUGUUGGCCAGGAAAAAAAACAAGCAAGUUCUCUGAUACUGGUUUUGAUGGUGUUUCGCAGUGAAGUUUACAGAUUCAACUAGCUGGGGUAGACUUAACUUGGUCUGGUCAUGUAUUUGCAUGAAAUACAUAAUGCUAGUUCAGAGUAGCACAAUGAAGUAUUUCUAAAAGCCAAGCUGUCACAUAUAUGUCUAUACAUACUCACAUUACAUGUAUGUAUAUAUAUACUUGAUAUACUUGGUGAACAUAUUCUAAUCUUGACCUUCAAUUUAAAUUACACACCUCACUUAGCAAAUUAGAAUUAGUGGCCUCUUGAUAAUCAAAAUAUGUGAAAUACAACUUUGGGAAAAUAGCAUUUCAACACUUAGGGUGCCAUCCUUGACAGUUCAUAAAACAUUACAGUGUGUGAAAAAUAUUCUGCAUUCCUUGCACAAUUAUGUUCUAACUUUUGAGCAUAGUUAUGUGUAUGGUAUAAAGUUGCAUUUUAUUUUAUUUUCCAACACUAUGGCUUGCUAGUAUCUCAUCUAUUUGCAGUGUUUGUGCAAUUUUUAUUUUUUCCUCCUGCCAAGUAUGACUUGCACCAUCUUGCACAGUAGUCUAUGUUGUAGAUUUAACUUGACUGCUGUUUAUUUUCUGUGUUAUUUUAGUCCAAGAUGUAAGCUGAUACCUGAAGAAAAAAAAUAAAAAUCUAUAUUGAGGGGAAUGUAUAUUUAGCCUCUAGGAACAUCCAUCUCUGGGGGCUCAACUGUUUAAUAUUUGACUUCAUGUGACCUGUAUAUACUUGAUAGACUAUGUGCUAAAUGUCUGUGGUUGCUUUUGCUAUUCAGAGUAUUUGCACUUUAAAAUGGAAAACUUGGUAUUAUGAUGCCAAUAAUAAAACCUCUGUGUAACUCUA